AGACAAGGUUGGGAUGAAACAGAAGGCAGAGUGACAGAGAAAGAAGAAGAAAGAAAGAAAGUUGGGUGAUGUCAGAGAUCGGACACCCGGGACUCGUAACAGAUUUGUGAGCAAGGCAUGAAUGAUAAUAACAGAGAGGAGGGUAACAGUGAGGAGGUCUUUCCUCGCUGGGCCGGAGCUUUAUUCUGAGAUUUCUAUCUGCACCAGUCAGACAGGCUGAUCCUGGGUCAGGUUCAUUUCACAGAGACAGACGCCGUGGUGAAGAAGAUGAGCGACCGUGGAAAAGUGGCUUCAGGGGGACACAAAGUGUACCAGAAUGGGACAGACCCCAGCUGGAAGCAGCAGGACGAGGACAGCGGGAAGGUGGGACUGGGGAAGAAGGUGACCCUGCUCAGGGGGAUCUCCAUCAUCAUCGGGACCAUCAUUGGAGCCGGGAUCUUCAUCUCACCAAAGGGAAUUCUUAGGCACUCUGGAAGUGUGGGAAUGUCUCUGAUAGUUUGGAUCGCCUGUGGUGUGCUGUCACUUUUCGGAGCCCUGUCCUACGCUGAGCUGGGAACUUGCAUAAAGAAGUCUGGAGGACAUUACACAUAUAUAAUGGAGGCAUUUGGACCUCAGAUGGCUUUCAUCAGACUCUGGGCUGAUCUCAUUGCUAUAAGGCCUGCAGGCAUGGCAGUCAUUUCUCUGGCGUUUGGACAGUACAUCCUGGAGCCGCUGUUCAUGCCGUGCGACAUCCCCCCCAUGGCUGUCAAACUGGCCACGGCCAUCGGCAUCACUUCUGUCAUGUACCUGAACAGUAUGAGCGUUACGUGGACGGCCAGGAUCCAGAUUUUCCUCACCGUCAGCAAGCUGCUGGCCAUUGCCAUCAUCAUUGUGCCCGGGGUGUACCAGCUCUUUAAAGGAGAGACCAAAAACUUUGAAAAUGCCUUUGAUCUGAGCAACGUGAAGCUGUCUGGUAUGCCACUGGCCUUCUACUCUGGGAUGUAUGCAUAUGCUGGGUGGUUCUAUCUGAACUUCGUGACGGAGGAGGUGGAAAACCCCGAGAAGACCGUGCCCUUAGCCAUCUGUAUCUCCAUGGCGAUUGUGACCUCCUGUUAUGUGCUGACCAACAUAGCCUACUACACUGUGAUGUCGGCUGAGGAACUCCUGGCCUCGGAGGCUGUGGCUGUGACAUUUGCAGAGAGGCUUCUGGGGAACUUUUCCAUCGCAGUCCCAGUGUUUGUGGCCUUGUCCUGCUACGGCUCCAUGAAUGGUGGCCAGUUUGCUUUGUCAAGAAUGUUUUACGUAGCUUCACGUGAAGGACAGCUCCCUGAGGUCUUAUCUAUGAUCCACGUGCGCAGACACACUCCACUGGCAGCGGUCCUCAUACUGUACCCUAUGACCAUGCUGCAGCUGUUUGUGGGGGACAUCUACAGCCUGUUAAACUUCAUGAGCUUCCUGCGCUGGCUGUUCAUCGGUGUGGUGGUCCUGGGUUUAAUCUACCUCCGGUAUACCAAACCUGAUCUCCCCCGCCCCUUUAAGGUCCCGCUCUUCAUCCCAGUGGUCUUCAGCUGUACAUGUUUCUUUAUGGUCUUCCUGUCUCUGUACUCGGACCCUGUCAACACAGGCAUUGGAUUCGCUAUUUCCCUCACGGGCAUCCCCGCUUAUUACAUCUUUAUCUACUUCAACAACAGACCAAAGUGGCUGCAGAGGGCUAUAGAUUCCUUCAACAGAACGUUGCAGAUCAUCCUGGAGGUGGUCCCAGCCGACCAGUAGCAAGAUAAGAACACCUUCUGAGCCCUCAGAGACAACGUGACCAUAAACCUGCUGAGAACCCAGGAAUCCUUCACAGGCUGUUGGUCCAGAAAAUGUUUAUGGAUGUAAUAAUGAAUUUUAUUCAGAAAUAGCCACGUGAGAAAUAUUUGAUCCAUUUCUUUCCUCUUAUUUAGUGUUUAGUCUGUGAAACUGUCAGUAUUUAUUGGACAGUGAAAGACAAACGUCACUGUGUCAACAAAGCACAAACACAAGGUUUAUG